AUGUUUGUUUUGCGCACCUUCAUGAAACCACCCGAUCUCGAAUCCAUAUCAGAGGAGGCUCCGACGCUAGUUGCUAACGGCACCAGGUGGAAUCGAACCACCGACCACUCGCUUGAGAAGCGAACGCUGAACCACGAAGCUAUGGAACCAUGA